CGGCAUCUCAGCGGGCGGCAAGAGCCAUGGCGGCGCUUCCUACGGGAUCCAUAUGACCCUCGGGUUUGAGAGUGGAUGGGCUUCGGCUAAAUAAAAAGGUUAUAUUCUUCUGGCCCCGGCCCUGACCAUGCACUUCAUUAUUACCUCACUCGAUCCAUAGGAGGAGAGAGAUUUUUGCCUGUGUUUUGGUCCAAAGCUACCAUUUUAUGCAAGCCCGCUAAUCAAGACCGUCGCUGGGUUGGCAGUGGGACCCAGGAAAAGCUCCCCUUAUGCGGUACUGCCAUUUAACGAUCGUCAGGAUUUCUGCAAUCCAGGAUACAGAUAUUCCUACAGCACUCUGAUUGCUCUUCCAAAGCAGGGACGCGGCUUUACUCCGUAGCAAGGAGAUUUCGCCCCAGAAGCAAAGAGACUGUUAUUGUCGUUGCUCCGGGAUAGCAAGGCGCCGCCUCCUUUCAUCAAAACAAAACGCCAAAGGCCGCCUGCCGCUUCGGGCCUUGCGAAUCCGAAGCGGCGGAAACGUCGCGUGUUACGCGGCGACUGGGCAGAAAUUGCCGCUCUAUUUCUCCCGCUUGCCGGGUUGCUGCCGCCCCUGCCGGAGCGGCUGGAAUGCUGGAGUGGUCUGUAUGAGAACUCUUCUUUUUAGCAACUAGGAAGAGGUCAUCUGCUCUCCACUACCUCAAUUGGCCAGCCAGUUGGCAGGAAAACCUGGAAUAAGUACCUGCGUCUCCAAAGCAGACCUUGGAUGUUGGUAUGUUCCUAACACUUUAAGCUAUACACGUGUAAGCUGCCUGUAAAGACACCAAGGGUUGCUGAAAAGAAAAUGCUGGAUGUUGGGAAAUGGCCAUUAUUUGCUCUCCACUCUCAAGAAGAAUUGAAGUUAAUUCAUCAGGUUUGCGUAUUUGGCAGUGCUGGCAAUGAAGCACUUUAUGCAACUGAAAAUGAUGAGGUUUUUGCUUUAGGCACUAACUGCAGCGGAUGUUUAGGAAUUGGUGAUGUACAGAGCAACAUUGAACCUCGAAGAAUAGAUAUUUUAUGUGGCAAAAAAUUAGCUUCCCUCAGUUAUGGAAGUGGACCUCAUGUUGUUCUGGCUACUACUGAAGGAGAAGUAUAUGCUUGGGGUCAUAAUGCUUACAGUCAACUGGGAAAUGGAACAACCAGUCAUAGCUACAUUCCUUGCCAAAUCUCCACCAACUUGGUAAACAAAAAAGUAAUUGAAGUUGCCUGUGGCUCUCAUCAUUCAAUGGUAUUGACUGCUGAUGGUGAGGUGUAUUCAUGGGGUUAUAAUAAUUCAGGACAAAUUGGAUCUGGUUCAACAGCCAAUCAGCCUAUUCCUCGAAGAGUUACUGGCUGCUUACAAAACAAGAUAGCAAUUAACAUUGCUUGUGGUCAGAUGUGCUCAAUGGCUGUGAUAGAAAAUGGUGAGGUUUAUGUUUGGGGUUAUAAUGGUAAUGGUCAGCUUGGACUAGGCAAUGGUGGCAAUCAGCCGACGCCAUGCAGAAUAGCAGCUUUACAGGGCAUCCACGUGCAAAGGAUUGCCUGUGGCUAUGCACAUACCCUAGUGUUAACAGAUGAAGGCUAUGUCUAUGCUUGGGGAGCCAAUUCUUAUGGCCAGCUGGGAACUGGCAAUAGGAGUAACCAGACGUACCCUCUGCUGGUUACAGUACAUCAAGACAGAAUUCUAGAGAUUGCAGCAUGUCACUCUACUCACACCUCUGCUGCUAAAACCCAGGGUGGUGAUGUGUAUAUGUGGGGUCAGUGCCGGGGACAGUCCGUCAUUCUUCCAUUCCUCACCCACUUCGGUUGCACUGAUGAUGUGUUUGCUUGUUUUGCUACUCCUGCAGUGACUUGGCGUCUCCUUUCAGUAGAUCCUGAUGAUCACUUAACAAUAGCUCAGUCAAUAAAGAAGGAAUUUGACAACCCAGAUAAUGCUGAUUUGAGGUUUCAAGUUGAUGGAAAAUACAUUUAUGUUCAUAAAGUGCUCCUCAAAAUUAGGUGUGAACAUUUUCAUUCAAUUCUGAACAAUGGUAAUGAGGAAAUCAUAGAAAUAAGUGAAUUCUCAUAUCCUGUUUACCGAGCAUUUUUGGAAUAUCUUUAUACGGAUAACAUCAGUCUCCCUCCUGAAGAUGCCAUAGGCCUGUUAGACUUGGCAAGCUUCUAUAGAGACAACCGACUAAAGAAGCUUUGCCAACAAACAAUUAAGCAAGGCAUUUCUGAAGAGAAUGCAAUUGCUCUUCUAUCAACUGCAGUCAAGUAUGAGGCAAAGGAGCUAGAGGAAUUUUGCUUCCGGUUUUGCAUCAACCACCUGACUGUCGUUACUCAGUCUCCAGGUUUUGCAGAAAUGGACCAUGACCUCAUGAAGAACUUCAUAAGCAAAGCCAGCCGAGUUGGAGCAUUUAAAAACUGAAGUAAAACCCUUGCCUAGUGAAGAUGGUUUCAUUACAAUUACUUGUAUUUCUGAUGUCAUGAUAAUUUCCUCAUAAACCUAAUUUAAAAA